CUGACUGUGCAGGCCGGAGAGUGUCUCCACGCCUCUCUCUCCGGCUGUCUGACUGAACGCUGCGGGUUCUGAAACCGACACUCAAAGUCUGAAAACACAAUUACACGCAAAAGCCGAAUGCGUGGAUAUCAUGCAGUCACAUGAAACCACUUUAUUUCUAGCUGAUAAACACACCGACCCAUUCUCCUCUUCCUCUUUUUGGUGUGUUUCUCUCUGUUUGUAAUCGAAAGGGGAGACUGGAUUCAGAGACGAGGAAAACAGGAAUGUUUCUUCCGGUACCAAAGAGUGUGAAACCCGAACGGAAGCCGAUGUGGUCUUUGUAGGUUGUCAGCAUAAUCUUGUCUUCCUACCUUGACUUCCGCUACUUGUGCCUCACUGAAUGCUGUGCAACUCAGCUCUGCUGCUGGCUUUGGUUUCCCCCAAACUGCAGGAAAAACCAUUGAGACAAGAGAGAGGCCUCAGUCUCCAGAACUGCAACCAACUUUUCUCAGAACUCUGAUUGACCCCUCUUAUCACUCCAUAACCAUAACCUCCAAACCUCCAGCCAGCUGCUAGCUGCUUUACCACAGACACGGCCGACCGGUCCCAGACUGGUGCGCCUUCAGUGGGGGAGGGAGGGGAAGGAAGGCAGCUGAACGGCGUGCAGCUUUCCCCGGAGAUGAAGCUGCAGGCUGUCAUGGAGAACCUGCACAGGCAGCAGAGGGCCAAGCUUCUUAUGGAGCAGCAGCUACAGCAGCAGGCCACCGCCCAACACAAUCAGGUCCGCACAAUUGUUGGUGGAGGGGAUGAGCCGAUGGGGAGCCCGGCCCCUGAGGCAGAGCAGGCCCAGAUGGCAGCACUGGCCGCCAUGCGUGCUGCAGCGGCCGGGCUGCAGAGGGUGACGGACAGCCCCAUGUCAGAUCGCAGCAGUGGCGGUGAGGACGAAGGUGAUGAGGAUGACAAUGAUGACGGGGAGGAGCAUUACAAGGACAUGAUGGGGUCAGAUGAGGAGGAGCAGAUCAAACAGAAAUGGGACGAAGAAGACUUUGAAGGUGAGAUGGAAGAAGACUUUGACGACGACCUGGCGGAGGAGGGUCUGCCGACUGGCCAUGGCACAGUGGCUCCCGGGAAGGGCAUCUUCCUGCUGCCCCACCGUCAACUCCACCCCCACUCCCAGCUGCUGAAGGCUCGUCCUAGUGUUGACCAGGAGACCCGCGUAGCCAUCCUGCCCCCCCAAGCAACUCACAGCCAUCUGGGCGGGCAGGACCACGGAGAGUGGACCUACGAAGAGCAGUUCAGACAGCUGUAUGAACUGGAUAGAGACCCAAAGAGGAAAGAGUUUCUGGAUGAUCUCUUCAGCUUCAUGCAAAAAAGAGGAACCCCAGUGAAUCGUAUUCCCAUCAUGGCCAAGCAGGUUCUGGAUCUGUACAUGCUCUACAUGCUCGUGACAGAGAAGGGCGGCCUGGUGGAGGUCAUCAACAAGAAACUGUGGAGGGAGAUCACCAAGGGACUCAACCUGCCUACCUCAAUCACCAGUGCAGCCUUCACCCUUCGCACACAAUACAUGAAGUACCUGUACCCAUACGAAUGUGAUAAACGGGGUCUGAGCAACCCAAACGAGCUCCAGGUAGCCAUCGACAGUAAUCGGCGGGAGGGCCGCCGACAGAGCUUUGGCAGCUCCCUCUUUACCUAUUCGCCCAAUGGGACUCCCACCAUGCUCUCCUCACCGAAGCUCCCCUCAGCCAGUGUGGGUCUAACGGUUGGAACCAACGGGGCCUCACUUACCCCCAUCCAGAAGAUCAAGAAAGAAGAGGACGGAGGCCAGUCGCUGCCAGGGUUUGGUGUGGCUCGUCUGCCAGCGGGGUCCCUUGCGGGCCACACGGUGGCUGCUGUGCAGGUAGCGGCAGCUCAGGCAGCUCAGAUAGCGGCUCUGGAACAGCUGAGGGACAAACUGGAGGCCGGCGAGCCACCAGAGAAAAAGAUGGCGCUGUCGGCCGAGGAGCACCACCGACUGCUGCAGAGAGCUCUCCAACACAACCUGCUGGCCAUGACCGCUCAGAUACCCAUGAACAUCCGCAUCAAUAACCAAGACAGCAGACAGGACUCGGCCCUGAACCUUACCACAAACGGCACAAGCAGCAUCAGCAUGUCAGUGGAGCUCAAUGGAGUGGUGUACGCUGGCGUCCUUUUUGCUCAGGCAGCAGCAGGAUCGUCCGUCUCCAACAAGACGGUCAGCAGUCAUGUUGCUCCGCAGCAGCAGAACACACCUACCUCAACCUCAACCUCCAGCAACCUGUUGUCCUAACUGGCCUUUCCCCUUCUUUUUUUUUUAAUAACCACGCUAAGUAAAGCCAAAAAUCAACCUCACUUUCUACAUAAUCUAUGCCAAAAAGAGAAGAACCAUCAAAUGUACAGAAAGACACAAAUUGAAAAUCCGAUCACUUGAAGUACACUAUCUCAGGUUUUCACUCCCCAACUCGCCUCUUUUGUUCUUCAUAGCCAAAAUGAUUUCGGAAAAAAAGAAUGUCUCAACAGAGAGCCAGUAUAUGCUAAACAAAGAUGUAUGCACAACCUGUUAAUUAUUUAUUUCUGCAUAAAUGUACAGAUUGUUGGCGAACAAAAGAGAAGUUAAUAACUAGGAAGGUUAAUGCACUGUUUACACACACAAACACAGCUACUGACUGACAGCAAUGUUUUUCCUCUGGGGGAGAGAUUUAGUUUAUUUUAUUUUACCUUUUCAUUGUCAUUAAUGUUAUUCUCUUGACUGUUUUAUCGUUUAAAUCUUUACAAAUCCCCUCAUUGCAGGAAAAAAUAUAUAUAUAUAUUUAGAAUUCUAUAAAAAGAAAAUAUGAAUAUCCUCUAUUUUAAAUCAGAAAAGCUUUAAAGGUAUAUGUUGUUUCGUUAGGGCAUAUAACAAUUUACCGUUGUGACCUCAUUUUGUGUAAAACCUUAUUCACAUGGCAGCCAAUUUAAAUCCCUAUUUGGAAGAGUCUGGUGUCGGUCUGCGGCAGGCCACAGAUUCUUUAGUGAAACACAAAUGGAAAACAGAAUAUUGGUUCACUUUUUCACACAUUUUAUCUAUUAUCUAUUGCUACCAGAGUCUCAUCAGUAGCGAGUUAGUUAGAGUGCUAUGUAGCUGAUGAAUUCAAGCAUUUAUGGGUCUUCGUCCUGAGACAGCUGGCUCAUUUUGAUCUAAAAUCCUUAUCUGCUUGUUGACAUAAGGCCAGUUAAAUGUAUAUCUGUGCCAAUCUUGCGGGUAGUUUGUCAAGUUAGUGUUCAAAUGGCUGUUUUCUAAGUAAGGUCAGGUGGGGAAAAUUAACCAAAGUCUUUCUUAAGGUUUUUUCCCUGCUCGAUGCAUCUCAACACGCUGGACUUUCUGAGCAUCAGCGGCUUCCACACCAACUGUUGCUGUUUGGGCUUCAGAUCAUAUGUGAAUAAUACACGUUUCUGAUUGUUCUCAGGUGUCCGUCAGCUCAUCGCUUUGUACAAUCUCAUGACAGAGCAAUGUAUUUAACAUCUUUCUCUGCAGAAAGAUCAAUGUUUUAUUUUUAUUUUUUUCCUAACUUGGCCUUUUAUUGGAGUGAUUGUGUUAAGGUCAGAUGCAUGCUUAUAUUUGUAGAUAAGCCCUUCUGGGAUCAGGAGUGAGACAGGAAAAACUGUGAUUUCCUGUCUUAAAUUCACAGGAGUUGUGUAUCCACUAAAUCCUUGUCAUUUUGGAGACACUCACAUGGACAAUCAGGUGUCAGGAGAUGCUAUCUGAGCUUCAGAGAAACUUGACAGUUAUUUUAGCUCAUAUCGGACGUUUUGUUGUUGUUGUUGUUUUGUAUUAUAGAUUACAGAUACUUUUAUUUUUUGUUUCAGCUUUGUGUUUUGCAUGAUUUACUGCUUCUUCUGAUCCAAGUGCUUCUUAUCCUGUGUUGUGACAAGGACCGGGUCUCCAUGAGGCUGGCUGUCCAGGAUGUAACAGAGAAUGUCUUGUGAUCCUCUGACUGUUUUUUUAGAUGUUGCUUAAUUGGGGAUUUUAACAAUGUGAUCUCAGAGGUAAUAGCUGCGGCUUGCUUGUGUCUUAUUGUUUGUACAAAUACUCACUGCAGUUAGAUUUAUAAAAAAGUAAAAUCUGCCACAGUGAAGAUACCACACAAUUCAUGUAUAGUUUUGUUCAAUCUAUCAGCUUUUGAACUUUAACCUGUGUUACCUCUCUGGACUGUUAAAGAGUGUUACUCUACCCACCCAACCCAACCCCAACGCAAAGCAGCCUCAUUCCUACUGACGUUAGGAAGUAAAUCAGGCUUUGUAUGUGGGUUCUGUUUUGAGGCCUUAACACAGCAUGAGAUGACCAGAGACCCAGCAGUACCUCUGUCUAAUCAGUUUUUACUGUUCCAGUCAAAUAUCGCCAGAUGGCCGUCGCGGCUUUGAUUCUCGACUUGCCUCUCGGUGGGAAAACACCACCAGCUGCUACACAAACACUUCAGUUUUGCACCAUUUUACCAUUUCUCAUUCAAAGACACAAACACAGUAAUGAAAUGCUCUUCCUAAAGGCUUGAUAAAAUAGUGAGAAGUGAACUGUCCAGCCUCACUUGUUUUAUACAGCCUACAAAAGAAAAGUCAAGCUUUAGUUACAUAUAGUAGAUUUUAAGUUAGAUUGUCAGAAGCAGAACCAGGUUGCUGAUACAUAGACUGUGAAGGUGAAGCCAAAACAGCUAGAUCGCCGCCUGGUGGCUGGCUGCAGUAGAGGUCAGAGGUCUAAAUCCACCUCCCUCCAUUUUAGCAACUGGGACAUGUGCCAAAUUAAAAAAAUCACACGUCAAACACAUUUUCCCUAAGAGGGUUUCUUUCAUUUUAGGUAUGCCUAGUUCUUAUCACUCAAUGUAUGUUAAAGUGUUCAUUUUUCAGAAACGUUGGGGUUUUAAUUGUUAUUUGAUUCUCUAAAAACGGGGUGAAAUUUUGUGAUUGACAGCUGUGAUUGACUUACGAUUGGUUAGGCGGGUGUAUUGGCGGGACUUUGAUACUGCGCCUCCACUGCCCAAUCACUAUUGCGUAGACUCUGGCUCCAAGAUUAUUAGAUGGCAGUGCCCGUUUUUGGGAAUAUUUUGGCUUUUGAUUUGUACAGUGGGAGGAAGUGAAGAGGAGACAUCCCACUUUAUACAGGCCAACAGUCAGAAGGGCUGAACUGGAAGCAGAAACAGGAUGUCAUUGGUUGAGUUAAAUUUCAAUGAAGCUGAAAACCACUGUGUUUCAAUAGUGAGGAAAGAGGAAUUCUUGUCAUAUAUUUGAUAAGGCAGCUGACUCACCACAAGGGGCUAUUUGUGUCUCAUAGUUGCUGUUUGUGGGUGUUUGAGGUUUUACAUUUUUACACUUGUACCACCUAUUGGCUAAAAUAACUAGGCUACUGUUAGGAAAACUGGUCGAUCUCCACAAUGGCACAUCAGCUUCACCCAACCACUACCCUGCAACACACACAAACACACACACACUACACGGACCGAGGCAUAGGAUACUGGGGCUGUUACACUAGGUACAUGAAAAAGGAUGGCAAAUCAUUGCGUUUCCCCAUCCUUCCGUGGUUAUUAAAUAGGCCUACUUGAACCAAAACUCAGCUUAUGACUGUACAAUACCAACUGUAACCUUUUUUUCAUGAUCAAUGAGAUUUCUCAGGCACUUAAUUAAACAUUAUUAAUAUUUCAUUAGGUCCCAAGUUUAUAGUUACUCAACACAAAAUACAGAACUUUGCAGCUGCAAACUUGCAGUUUUUGGCUCCAGGGGGCACAAGUAUUCUAUCCUUUUUGGUCAUUGAUCAGGCUCAUGGAAAGAAGGAAAUGGGUACUACAGUGAAGAAUGUAGGUAUGUCUGGCUGCAUCCUCACUGUGGACAGUUGAGUCAUGUUGAGUCAUUUACAGAUGCACAAUAAUGAUAGACACCUUUUAUCCAAAGCUUUAUUAAGUAUGGCUACAUUUACAGUAUUGAACAUCGGCCAUUUGAAAUUUCAGUGAAAUUUAGAUAUUUUUAUUGCAAUCUGGGUCUUCUUGUUGUAGUUUUGGCAUAACAAUCAAUCGAAAAAAUGCUGAUCAUGUUGAUUGUAUUAAUCAUUUUUGUAGACCUUACAACAAUACUAAUGUUACGCUCUGUUUGAACAAUCGCAAGGGAAAAAAAAAAACAUUCUCAAACCAAAUGUUUUUUCCUCAGCUAUCUUGUCCAUUUGAACAGUAGUUCCAUAAAUUCGUCUUUUAAUUAAAUACAUUUUGAAUAUGGGAUUUGAAGGUUGCCUAACCACAUAAAAGUAUUUGAAAUUCCACAAGACUUGGAUGCUGCAGAGAGGGCAGUUACUGUUGCUCUGCUAGCUAGGCUAGUUAGCAUUUAGCAGCACUAGCUUUAUCUGGUAUUCCUUCUCCGUUAAUAUUUAAUAUAUAGGUAUUGUCUUUUUUAGAUGGUAUAACAACUUGCUUAGAUUUUGGAGCAUCAAAAUAGAUUUUUCAAUUCCAGGAAACAGGAAAAAAGUGGCUAAACUAGCUUUAGCUGAGGCUAUCUCAGCAGUUAGCCGGAGUAAAGUCACCACAGUUGGUUUUUACUUCAGUUUUUAUGAAUGUUUUUUCUCUCAAAAAAUAUACAUUUGAUGGUAUAAUGAUUACUAUGGUAAAGUAUGAUGUCAAAAAGUCAGAUUCUGGGGUUAACUCAUUUCUGACCAAUUACUGUGUUUUGCCUUUAUAUGGCAUAAUAGUCUAUAGGCUACAGUAGGCUAAUGGGGCUAUGCCAAUUCAUAUAUGUCAUAACUAUGACAAAAGUCCCAGGGUAAAAAAAGAAAGAAUUUCAUUUUACAGUUAGGGUUGUCUUUCUCCUCAAUUCUUCUGUGCAACCAGAUUUAAAUUUCAUGAACUACAAUGUUAACGGUGGUUUCUAUUCAGUCGGUUAGGUGGCACUCAGAAAGCUCACCAUGCAUCUCUCUCUCUCUGUCUGUAGCAGAUGUCACAGUUGCUGAUACUGGCUGACAAUCAAACAGAGAAAUGUAUGGCUGAAGCAUUAGUUUGUGGGGGAGGGCUGCUACAAUCAAAAUUCAAUCAAUAGGCUACUGAUCAAAAGGGUCAACAUUGCUUUUUUUAGAUUUGACCCUAUGACCUUUUUGACCCUGUGCCCUCUUCAAUGGAUCCAUGUUUACCUUAUAUAUCUAUUGACCGGCUCUGUGAGAUAUUUUCAUUUAAACAGUGGUUUUCUCUAUUUUCUCUCUCUCUCUCUCUCUCUCUCUCUCUCUCUCUCUCUUUUUUUUAGUAGGUGCAUGGCAGCAUCUUCCGGGAUUAGUUUUAAUUGCGUGGUAGCGACAAUCAGACAAUGUUAUGAAACACAGUAUGCCUCCAAACACUCUGACAUCCCUUCAACCACAACCAAGCCCCGUUUCUACCUCAAGAACUAAUAAAGCUUUGGCAAAUAUGUUUUUUUGCUUCAGCCACAACAAACUGUAAAAGCAGGAAAACCUCAUCAAAAUGUUGUUGGUGCUGGUUUCAAAAUGCUGGUUUAUGAAGACUUUGACUAUGCAAUAACUUAUAAGUACCACAGACAAUCAGAUAUCACUUUUGGUUGGUUGGUUAUUGCAAGGGGAACCAGAGAUAACAGUAUAUUUGAAGGUUCAGUUCAAGCUUAAACAUCUUUACCAAGAGCUCCCCUCAGUGGAAAGUUUUUGUCAUGAUGCAGAAUCGCUUCAGAUUGCAAAUGGAAACAAAAAGGUCUGAGCGAAGGCUGCAAAUAUUCAAUGUCCUUCAGUCUAAAUAUUACUGCAAACAAAUUACAUAUUUUCAGUCUUUAUGUAUUCAUUUCCUUCCAGGGUUUCCAGUAUUUUGUCUUGUUAAGGGGACAAAGCCUCUUAAUAUCAUUAUAAUGGGACGGACACUAAAAGGCUCCACUGAU